CCAAAGUGACCUGGGCACAGCCUGGACACCGAGCUCAUCAGCCUUGUCUGGGCUGGCUGCCUAGCCUCUUCCCACUUAGAUUUGGAAGGUCCUGAGGACUUUGAAGGAACUUUGAGACAAAGGCCCCUCUUCCUCUUCCACAGGCAGGAGCAGCCAUCCGCCACGGAGAGCCCAGCUGUCAGCUGUCUCCCAGGAAGAUGCUUCGAGGAUGGGUUGGCCCCGGUGUGGGUGUGUGUAUGUGUACUGCGCUCGGAGUGCUGUGCCUCUGCCUCACAGGAGCUGUGGAGGUCCAGGUCUCUGAAGACCCUGUGGUGGCCCUGGUGGACACGGAUGCCACCCUACGCUGCUCCUUUUCCCCAGAGCCUGGCUUCAGUCUGGCACAGCUCAACCUCAUCUGGCAGCUGACAGACACCAAACAGCUGGUGCACAGCUUCACUGAGGGCCGGGACCAAGGCAGUGCUUAUGCCAACCGCACGGCGCUCUUCCCUGACUUGUUGGUGCAGGGCAACGCAUCCUUGAGGCUGCAGCGAGUCCGAGUAACCGACGAGGGCAGCUACACCUGCUUCGUGAGCAUCCAGGACUUUGACAGCGCUGCUGUUAGCCUGCAGGUGGCCGCCCCCUACUCGAAGCCCAGCAUGACCCUGGAGCCCAACAAGGACCUGCGUCCAGGGAACAUGGUGACCAUCACAUGCUCCAGUUAUCAGGGCUAUCCCGAGGCUGAGGUGUUCUGGAAGGAUGGACAGGGGUUGCCCUUGACUGACAACGUGACCACAUCCCAGAUGGCCAACGAGCGGGGCUUGUUCGAUGUUCACAGCGUGCUGAGGGUGGUGUUGGGUGCUAACGGCACCUACAGCUGCCUGGUACGAAACCCGGUGUUGCAGCAAGAUGCUCACGGCUCAGUCACCAUCACAGGGCAGCCCAUGACCUUCCCCCCUGAGGCCCUGUGGGUGACCGUGGGGCUCUCUGUCUGUCUAGUGGUACUUCUGGUGGCUCUGGCCUUCGUGUGCUGGAGGAAGAUCAAGCAGAGCUGUGAGGAGGAGAACGCAGGUGCUGAGGACCAGGAUGGGGAUGGAGAAGGAUCCAAGACAGCUCUGCGGCCUCUGAAACAUUCAGAAAACAAAGAAGAUGACGGACAAGAAAUAGCUUGACUGGGAGCUGCUGCCCUUCCAAGGUGGGGGACCCACCCUCUGGCUGUGUUGAGACUCCAUGUGAGCCCUGCCCCCAGCGAAUGGGUUCUGUUCCACAGAUCUACCCAUUCUUCUAAGGACGUGGUCCAUAGGCCACCCGCAGCCUUAUUUUUCGAAUGGACUUAAUUCCCAUCAUCCUUCAGCCUCAUUUCUCCAAGGACAUGAUACAUGAACCAUCCUGCGGCCUUAUUUCAUACGGACACCACACAAAGAGCACUUCACCUCAGUGUUCCUCCAGAGUCAUCCAGUGGCCUUGUGAUACCGGAUGAACCUUCUUCCUUCUGCCUUACUUCUAAUGGACACACACAAACCACCCCCAAGUCCUUGAUCCGCCAAAGCCACGCAAACUGUGUAACUGCUAUUAUUCUCCAAGAGACAUUCUGUUCAGAAGAACCCCUGCCUGAUUUCUCUGAAGACAGCUACAUAGUUACCUCUUGGUUCUUUCUCCUGCGGCCCUGACAUAUCUUAGUUACCUUUGUUCUGAUCGGCCUUUGUUCUGAUGAGGGUGGGAUCCCAUUGCUUGGCAAGCCUUCAUCCUGACUCCCCUCCCCUGAUCUGGCCCUGGCUUUGGUUGUCUCCCUCCCUGACUGAGUGAGAUGGGGUACACUCCCCAUCCACACACACAGGUCACAGAUACCUGCGGCUGUGCGUGCUGGAUCGCGUAUAAACUUGCCUUGCAUGGUCUCCUCUGGCUGCCCUGGGCUGUGCCCCUUCUCCCCACAGGAAGCAGGUGCUGGUCUCCCUGGUUCUCGGCCCCUCAAGGGGUCAGCCUUCAACCCUGUGCUUCCCCAUGUUGGGAAUCUUUGUGACCUUUCCUUUCUUAGUAAAUUAACAUCUGUUGAAGAACCACGGGGUCCAACAGGACUUUCACAGACCCGCCAGCUAGAUAAAUGAUGACACAGAAGUUUAUUAAUAUUUUAAAGCUUAGGCCUUUUGCUGGGCAGUCUCCUAGCCACUCUAUCCCGAUUAAUCCUGGCACUAUGUCCUGCCACAUGGCCAGGUCUACCUCUCUGCUCCACUCUGAAUAGUCCAUCCACCUCUGAGUCUGCUGGCAAAUCUCCCGUGAUUCAGUUUUUCUCCCAGAAUCCCUAUCUCUGCCCGGAAAUACCACCUUCGACUUCCUGCCCAACUAUUGGCCGUCAGCUCUUUAUUAAAACUGAUCAGAUGUAAUUCUAGAUUGCCUUAGGCAGGUAAGGAAGAAACAUAUUUAUAAAAUAUGAGACCAGUGAUGGGCCAUAGAAAUAACAACACCAGAUCCUACCAGCAUUAAACCCUCUGCCGGUACAAAAUUAACAAUUGAAUAUGCGGAGACACCCCUUCAGAGUGUACCCCAACAACAGGGGUGAGCAUUGUGCUGGGUACUAGGGUCCUGCCAGAAAAUCAGAGACCUUACCUCCAGCUGGGACAUGGCCUUGCUCCCUGCUGUACCCACCUGUACCCACAGCUUCUGGGUACCUCACCCUCAGCCCACACUAUCCCUGACCCAGGGCCCAGGGUAGGGCCAGAAACCUGGAGAAAGCAUAUAGCCCCUUGCCGUACCUGGAGAACUGGGUAUUUUCUAGAGUCUUUACAGAUGUGGACUGGAAGGCAGGUGGCCACAGCCAUGGAGACAUGGGUAGGGGCAGAAACCUAUGCCAUACUGGGACCUCCUCAACAGCUGGGGCCUAAGGAGGGCCUGAGGACAAGAAGGCCCAUCUCCUUACUAUGGUGCUAUUCUGGAGCUGGGGUUUGUACCUGGCUUGUCUCUGGCAACCCUGGCUUCUGGCCGAACUUCUGAUGUCCUCCUGAAGGCCUCUCUCCCACCUCAGUACUGGAGAACCCGAGGAUAAUUUAAACAUGGGACUCUGGCCAGGUAUUUAAUCCCAGCACCCGAGAGAGGCAGACGGAUUUCUGACUUGGGAGCCAGCCUGGUCUACAGAGUGAGUUCCAGGACAAGUGGGGCUAUACAGAGAAGCCAUCUCAAAGACUAAAAAUAAUAAACACGGGACCCUGUAAACUGGGUAUAUUUGGGGAGGAAUAAAUGUCUUUUUCUUUCAAUA